CGGCAGGCCGACUCACUCACUUUCAACCAUGCCUUCUUACCUCACCUCAACCAUUCACUGAUCAUCGCAAGGCGCAUCGUCGGAACGCGUCUGCUGUCACUUCUUUCUGGCAUACUUUGCUCCCCCUUUUCCGACCGCGGCCUCCUUCCCCUCUCCAACGAAAGCGCGCGUGCGGCGCCCGCGACCCCCAACGAGCCUUGUCCACCCCGUAAUACCUCCUACUGCUCCCGCUCCGUUCUCAAGCCGCAGCCCACCAACCGCGCCAGACAGCACCCUUCGGGUGCGAACGAACACCCCCCUCCUCCCCUCUGGGGCUGCCAGGGUGGGCGAUCCUGUCCGCCUCCACCUGCUUUCGCGUCGUACGUCGCGGCCUCGUCUCGACUCGCGAUUUUUUUUUCUCCCAGUCAGCUCAGGGCCAGCUUCACCAGGGCCCGCGGCGAGUCGUUCGGCAGCCGCCCCCAGCGCGGAUCUCGCUUGACCCGCGUCUGUUGAGACAGAACCCUUUUCCGAUUCGCUUCCCCCGCGGCACACGGGUCCAGGCGGCGGCGCACCGAAUCGAUCAGAGAUAGAGGGCAGGAAUUCCGCCCGCCCGUUCUGACCCUCGGGGCUUUCCAAACCUCCAGUCGCCCUGCUCGAUCGCGAGCAAACUUGACAUGUCAUGGAGGCCUCAUCAACCCCCCUGGCCGACUACUUUUGGAUUGCCGGCGUAGAAUACAUUCGCUACGACGACCAGCUGCCGCAGCCCGCCUCUCUACCUGUCGAGUCCACCAUCACCGAAGAUGGCGAGCCUCAAGAAGUCGCUGUCAAUGGGCAACAAAGAACGGCUGCGGCGCGCCACUCGCGGCAAAAUUCGGCCAAUCGCCUCUCGAGAAUCUCCAGCGACGGGCGCUUCUCCAUUCACACGUUGGAUGAGACAGACGGCAAUACCAGGAGCAACCGUAGCAGUGCUACGAUCAAGGCAGUCAAGGUGCCUGGGCCUAACGGCAGCGCAGCAAACGGCAGCGCCGCCGAAGGCGGAGGAGGGCAUGGUCUCCUCAUGGGGGAAUUUGACUUCGACAAGGCCCUGUUCAAGUUCGCUGCCGAGCGGGAGAACUUCUUGGAGGACCUGUCCUUCACCGCAGGCGCAAAGACCCAGGCGCGGCCUCCCAUGGUCAAUCCCCGAGCCGAGCGAAUCCGUGCAGAGGAGAGCAUUCCCAGCGGCAGAGUCAGCCCCUUGAAGAGCAUCAAGGGUAGCAUCCGUCGCAAGAUCAGUUUUAGGGACAUGAACAGCAUGCGCAAGCCGCCCAGCUCUGUAAGACCAGGGGCUUCCAGUAGGGCAGCGUCGGUUCGCACAGCCAGGAGGCUCAGCAACUACAACUCAGUUAUUCCUCCGCCAGAGCCGCUCAACACCGAUCCGGACAUGCAUCCACUCAAGCGCAGGUUUGAGCCGGUGCUCCUCGACCGGUAUCCGCCCAAGACGGCCGUCGACGAGAUCCCCAGGCGUGGCAAGUUCCCCGACUACGUGCCCAUGUUUGCGUUCCCCAACGACAUCCAAAUCGUCUCGUCGGAUGACCGCCCGCGGUCAACAUGGCAUGGCUUUACCAUGACGUCGGAAGACAACUCGAAACUUUACGGCAUCACCAUCAUCAUCUGGACUGCGCUGACGGCGGACGUUGCUGACGAGGUGGAGACGAAAUGCGAGCAGUGGCGACAGAGCCACAUGUCCAACGAAGAGCGAGAACUGGCUGCGAGCUUGGGCGUUCGCUUGGCUGGGGAAAGGUCGCACCUCUCACAUCUUCUCUCCAAGUUGCCCACCAUCCCGUCCGGAUCCCCGGCCAGGGACAGGUUAGAGGACGAAAUCAGCACCGUCGAGGAGAAGAUCUCCCUCAUGACAGACAUGCUAAGGCCGCUGAGGCACGGCGCAGCAUCCAAGAUAGAGGGCCUCACAGCAGGCGAGAGCGGACUGUGGGCCCCUCGGGCAUACGGCAUUCUGGGUCGCGACCCUGCCAAUAUGGCAUUCUGGAAGGAGUGGCUCAAGGCCAUCCUCGUUCCCAUGACCGACGGCAGCGUCCUCAGAGUACUGCCCAGCUCCCCCAAGAUCGGACGAUGGCAGCCCUUGGAGCGCUAUGUCGUCAACAUGUGUACCGAGGCGUUUACUCCGUUGGGGUCCAAGACUCAGGUCGAGCUGGGCGUGAGGGAUCUGAGAAUGUUCUCGCGAAAAGAAGCCAGUAACGAGCUUCCCGGGUCCCGAACCAUCGACCUCUAUGCCCUCUUCAGGUGCCUCUCGCUCGAAAACGUUGUCGCGCUUUUCGAGUACGCCAUGUCCGAAUCCCGCAUCAUCUUCCUUUCAUCCCACACCAGCAUGCUGCACCUGGCCUGCCAUGCCCUGGCCAACCUUCUCUACCCCUUCAAGUGGGCCAGCAUCUUCAUUCCCGUCUUGCCGGCGCGCCUCAUCUCGGCUUUGGAGGCCCCCUGCCCCUAUAUUGUCGGUGUCGAGCGCCGGUAUGAGCGGAUAGAUUUGCCAGAUGAUGACUACGUCCUCGUGGACCUGGACAGGGACACCAUUGACGCUACGUCGCAGCCGCACCGACUGCCCAGGCAGCAUCGUCGAAAGCUCAUGUCGCUUCUGCAGGUUGCCGCACCUCACACUCUUCGCUACGGUGUCACCGUUGGUCCGCCUCCAUACGCCAUCGAGUCUUUUCCCUACGACGCUUUCUCCUCGGAAAACGGCUCAGUAUUCACCCCGACGCCGCCACGUACGUCGCUAGGCAAAUGGGUCACGCAGAACUCGUCCAGCUUUGCUGAGCCCGACCCCGCAACUGACAUCCGUCCGCCCGUCUUCAACGCAUUCACCGUCUCAUCCGUCGACACUGGCAAGGCUGAUAGGCCUGGGACUAGCAAGUCUAGCAGGACGAGCCCGCAAUCGUCGGUUUCCCCCGUCUCCACACACUUCCCACCAAUGCCAACGACGCCACUUUCACGAAGUGAUUCUGGCUUUGCCCUGACUGCCACCCUUCGUGAAAAGCGCUCGGGCCAUUUUGGCGAGGAGAAGGGACGCCGCAGCUCAUCGUUUGGCCUCGACAAGUUCCAUCCAAACAGUCGACCGGCUUUGCCCUUCCUCAACGGCCAUCAACCCAACGCCUCCAUCUCGGGCCUAUCCGUCGACACCACGUCAUCCUUUGGUGCCGGCUAUGCGCCGUCUGCUUAUGCUCAGUCGACGUUGGCCGCCUCUACCAUCAUGCCCAACAUGCAGAUUCAGCCGGUGCAAAACACGGAAACAACCGUUUGGGUCGAAGGCCACUGCUUCAGCCUCGAUGCAAGGGACGCAUCGUCGCCGUGCACCAUUUGCGACGAAAAGCCCGAGGGCGACGGAAUGUAUCAGUGCAGCUCGUGCAAGACGUGGGCCCAUGGCAGGUGCCUGGGGCAGGUCUCGCUGGUUUGUCCAGAGGCCUUUCACGCUGAUCGCGUCAGAGCGGCCUUCGUGCGGUGCAUGGCCAGCCUGCUCUAUACGUACCGCAAGUACCUGGGUAAGCCCUCGAGGCAGCAGAAGAACAACGGCCAGUUGUACGCCUUCGACAUGGAUGGCUUCAUCAAGAGCCUGCCUUACGAUCAGCAAGAGUAUACCACCAUGCUUCGGGACACACAGGCGUUCAAUGAAUUCAUUCAUCACCGCGAGAUGAAGCCCGCAUCCGAGGCGUCAGUGCGGCUUUUCGAUGAAAUUAUCAUGGCCAAGAAGGCCCGUGGCCGAACGGGCCUGUCGUCCGGCCUGUCCCGGCUGUCGACCAUCCGGGCCUCUCAUGGUGCAUCGGCCAACGGCUGGGGCCUGGGAGUCUCCUCCCGGACUGCGACGGGCAAGACCCCAACCUUCUUGACUGACACGACGGAUCACAUUUGGCGCACGGCAUCGGUGCCCCUGCCUAAAGGCAGUUUUCCGGGGGAGUACCGCUCCGUCGUCACCCGCAUUCCAUCUCGUCUCGAUCGCACGCUGAUGCGCGAGCCGAGGGCCAUCCAAGGCGUUCCGCGCAUGGAACAGCGUGGCACAAGAGGGCUGGUGCGGAAGCAGGUUCCCAGCAUGCUCGGGACGACGCCACCGACAUGAAUCUGAGCCUGUAUCACCUGCCCACGGCCAUGAAUGUCUAUGGUCAGCAUCAAGACGACUGAGCGAAGAUGUCAGAACGCAAACCAAGUCGCAUCAUGGCACCACUCACGAGUAAGACCACACUUACAUAUGUACAACACCACCCUUCUACCAACCGUCUUCCGCCCCACCGCAUCGGCCUCCUAUCCGGCCUGUCAUCACGAUUGUGUAAAACAAGGUCCAUGGUUUGGGAGCGUAAGCGUGCACCAUUUUGAGGGAUAUUCGCCCAGCGGGCCCCUGGAACAAAGCAUGUCGGGAAUGUUGGGAGGCCUACCGGAUCAGUAAUGCCCCCGCCAAGGGUGGGAUCAGGGCAGGCAGGCCUCAAGAGAACGCGAGAUUGAGAGAAACGGGACCGCCGGGGGAGGAAACAAUGGAUACGAGGGGCGAGAGUCGCGACAUGGCACACGUACACGCAAGUGGUCGGCCGGCUAGAUAGUCUCUGUCUGGGGUGGGUUUGUUAUCACCACAUUACCCACCUACUUCGUACACCUACUCCGUCCCGUACUUUCCUGCCGGAGACGAACAUGAUAUAGAGGCAAUGGAGGCGCCGGGGUGCGAGAUCAGUUUGCUCGCACCGGGGGAGAAAUCUGAGCAUGGCCAUUCAGGCUGAUAGUGGUGUAUGAAUAGUGGUGUAUGACGCGAGCCUGAUACGAGUCUUGUCAUGUCAAGACAACCGCAGUCCAGACCUGCCUUAUACCCUCGAUAAUGGAACCUAACACCAAGCAUUCUCGGAAUGAAAACUACGUCAAUCAAGUCAAAUUGGUAUCUUUGCUGCGACUAUUUCGCAGCUACUUUAACGCCAUGCCCUUAUUCGCCUUAUCCCAUGGUCACGCAAGCCGGUUUAGGCUCGGCCGCCUCUGCCCCUGCCUCGACGUCCCGAACCCCUAUGCUGGGCCACAUCAGCCUUGACAGCAUCCACAUCCAGAGAGUCCCAGCCAAUGUCCUUCAGAAUCUGACCAGUAAGGACCUGGUAGCCCAAGUGUCCUCGGGGCAGGUAUUUGACGCAGUGAUUUUCGACGCCGUUGGCGCCCUGAAUCUCCUGCAGUCCCGCCACUCCGAAGUGGACAUUCGAGACACAACGCUCUUCAGCGUCAGCCAAACCCGGCUCUCGGACGGUGCUGGAGUUCCAAUGAGAACUACCGAGUCGAUCAAGCCGAACUGGCGGCGUUCGGCCAGCACCAUCAGGCAGGUGUAGAUCGCUCGAGCUGCAAGGCUGUAUCCUAUGAGAGAGACCGAUCUCUCGCCCUGAAACUUGUGUCGCACAAGAGCGUCCGCGAGCAAAGCGCCCACUUUCUCGGCUCGAACCAUCCCCCAGUUCCACGGAUUAUCAAUGAUCUUGCUCACUUUGAGUAGAGCGACGGGCCACGAAUUGUGCAGGAGACUGGCGAAGACUGCAGCAUGUUAAUAAACCUCUGGAGGGUUACUGGUGGACUAGGAUGAUGAGGGGCCUCUUACGGGAUCGCGAUCUGAUCUCCUUGGCUGCAUUUGCCCAAGCGGUGCUCUUGAUGACUGUCUCGACGGCGCUCCCGAGGUUUGUGAGAGACGUCACGUCCCAUCUGACCGCAUAGCUCUCGGUUUGCUGGCCAAGAAAACGCCAGGGUCUAACCAGGUCUUCAGUCUCGGAAUAGCAUCCGCUCAUGGCCAAGACCACACGAAGACGGCGACCGGCCGCUGGAGUCUCCUUCAUGUCUCGGUAUUCGGAGUUGGCUGGGUCGUGCAAGCGGAGGAAGGCAAAAUCGGACACGUCCUUGCCGCAUGCCUCCAGCAGCUUGCUAGUGGGCCGAACAGCGUUGAUGCCAAACAUGUUACCCAGUAAGUGCCCAUACUCUCCCAAGGGCCCAAGAAGCCCUGCAAUGGUGGCGACGCUCAGGGUCAGCCCGUCGUUGAUGGUUCCGAUGCCUUCUGCCUUGAGCGCAGAAGCAAUAGUAGAGUUGGGACUCGGAGAAGUGAAUCCGACCUUCCAUCGCUUUGGGCCUUUCUGUUCUUCGACCCUUUGACCGGCUUCGUCCCGGGGAGCAUAUUCGAGAGCAAGUUUUGCCAAGGCCUGAGAGAUUCGAAGCUCUUCACCAUGAUAGAUGGCCAAGGAAAGAUUGAGGGCAGAUGUAAGGUUGAGAAGAAAGACUCGUGCGUUGGCAUUGUAGUCCUGGAGCGACAGGACAAGCAAGAGGACCACAUGCAGAAGAAGCUUUCGCUUUUCCACGUGAAGUGUCCACAGAGUGGUAGGAAUCGGCGGGAAUGCUGCGGCCAGCUCACGGUCCAUCUGGUUUACAGGGACACGGGGCGGGCCUUGGGCUGGGUUAGCCUCCGUACAGUCGAAGGGGGUAGAAUGGAUAUAGGGCGUCGCAAAACCAUACCAAGUGCCAGGGUCAGACCUCCACGACCCAGACCAGCACCACCUCGCGCACCGCGGGCGCGGCCACCACCUCGAGAGCCACGGCCACCACGGCCACGAGUGCCGCCGCCCGGCAUGUGGCCGGUGGGCUCGGUGACGGCGAUCUCCCGGAUUCUCUGAGUGAUCACAUGCUGCCACUUGCGAAAGAACAUAAGGGCCUCUCUUCUGAGCUCGCCCAGCUGAGGUGUCAUGGCCUGUUUCUCCUCCUUUUCGACAAUCUCAUGCACUUUGCUAUACGUCUUGGAUCCAUCGCCGCCAGGGAUAGCAGGGGACUGUUCAGCGACUCCCAGGUUGUCGGACGUGUUGCCUUCAUGUCGACGGAAGACGACAAGAAUUGACUGGAAGGGGUUUUUUUCGCCAUUGUCGUCAACGGUGCUCACUUUAGGGGAGUCGAAAACACGGCUAAUGUCGCUGUGCAUCUUUUCCGUGAUGGCAUUAGCCAGAGUGAUCAAGUCGUUUCUCUCAGCGGCGGAAAUGAUGCCGGUCAAGUCGACAGGCCGACGAAAGGGGGCAUGGCCGCCACCGCGACCUCCUCGACCCAUGGUUGCAGUUGUUGAUGGGGUCUCGUUGAGGAUCGCGAGAAAAGGAACAGUGCUAUGGUCAAGCGCCGGUCACUGGCCCUGGCCGAUGCUCGAAGAGAGUGUUUCGAUAUGCAGGAUGUAGACCUGUGCACGCGAACGUGGAUAGCAGGUCUCGACCAGACGAAGCCC